CUACAGCAAUAAUGAAAUGAUAUAUUUACUGCUCCUUCUUCUGCUAUCACAUGAUGAAAUACGUAUAAAUUGUUUUUCCAUUUAAGACACAAAACCAAUCAAACAAAAAAUCAAAUCGUAGAAUCUCUCUCUCUCUCUCUCUCAAUUAUCGCUUCAACCUGGUUUACCGGUUAAUUUCGGAUUUUUGAAUUGGGAAAUUAGGGCUUGAUUUUCACGAAAUGGAAGACGGUGAACUUGAUUUCUCGAAUCAAGAUGUUUUUUCGAGUCCUAACAUGGGUGAAUUUCAAACAAGUGGUUCAAUGGAUAGUUUUUUUGAUGAAUUGUUGAAGGAUACACACGCCUGUACUCAUACCCACACGUGUAACCCACCUGGUCCUGAUUUUUCACACACUCACACCUGUUAUCAUGUUCACACCAAGAUUGUCCCUGCUGAAGAUGAUCAGGUUGGGACUGAUGAUACUGCUGAAUCUGCUGAGAAGAAGUCCAGUAAGAAGCGGCCCGUUGGGAAUAAAGAAGCGGUUAGGAAGUAUCGCGAGAAGAAGAAAGCUAGGGCUGCGUCGUUGGAGGAUGAGGUGAUGAAAUUGAGGGCUUUGAAUCAGCAUUUGAUGAGGAAGUUGCAGGGUCAGGCUGCUUUGGAGGCGGAAGUUGCGAGGUUGAAGUGUUUGUUGGUUGAUAUUAGGGGGAGGAUUGAAGGGGAAAUUGGGUCGUUUCCGUAUCAGAAACCGGCGAAUGUGAAUCCCGCUAUGAAUAUGCCUGGUUCUCAUGUGAUGAACCCUUGUAAUGUGCAGUGUGAUGAUCGGGCAUAUUGCCUUCGUCCAGAUGGGAAGAUUGCUGCUGAAGUGGCGUCGCCGAAUGAGGAAGGAUUCGAUGGUUGUGAGUUUGAGAGUCUCCAGUGUAUGGGAGGCCAGAAUUUGGGGCUCAAGGAUCUUCGUGGUUGUGGAGGUGGACCGGCGUUGUCUAAUGUCAAUUCACAAGCUUCCAGUAAAAGAAAAGGGGGGUCUCGUGCAGCCAAAGCCGGGUGAAGAAUAUAUAAGUAAGUUGGUGGUUUUCGACCUUUCGUUGUCGCCAUGGUAAUAUAUCCUGCCAAUAACUUGUUACCAGCUGCAGCAUCAGUUAUCCUUGGAGUAACUGUUGAAAAUCAUUGUUCCUUUUUGACCCUCUGCUGCGCAAUGAUGGUUUUGAUGGCUAUUCUACCAUGGAAUAUUAGUAGUUGAUAAAUAGUUAUUAUGCAGAAACAGUAGUUGACCUGUAGUCAGCAUGUCUUGCUGCUGAAACAGGUUGGUGCUUUCCUAUGCAAUUAAGUUUCAUGGUGUUUUGGUUGCGUCUGAACUAGUUAAACUAGCAUGGUAAAUGUUUUUAUGCUGACUCAGUUUCAAAUGUGCUAAACAUUUGAAUAGUUCUUUUAUUUGUUUAAUGAGAUGAUGUUUUAGUGGCGAUUCAAGUUUUCUGAGUUCACAAAUUUAUAUUUCUGGAUUACAGAACUUGGGGAAGAAGGGGUGUGAUUUUCAUCUUUCAGUACUUUGUGCUGUGAACAGGUGAGAGGUGAAUGUCGUUUUGUAUAAUAUAAACUCGUGAGUGUAAACAAUAAGAUUGGUUAUGUGGUUGCCGGCAAUUUUUUCUUUCUUCUAAUC